AUGCAGGAAUCUGACAUGAUGGACCAGCUGCCGGACGGUGAAAGCCGGGUGGAUGCCGAGACGGAGCAGAUAAUGCUGGUUUCGUUGGGUUGCUUCUGUGGCCCGAAGCUCUCCUUCAAGAACAUCGGCAGAGGUGCUGAGACACUGCCCUUUGACUGGAUGCGAACACGGCAUGAGGGUUUGGUGCAUUUCUUGCGGAAUGGCUGGGACGAGAGCACUGGUUGGAAUGGCUUCUUCGAAUUCAAUUCCAAGAAGGUAGUGCCUGGCGUCAGCAUGACAACGUACAGGAGCUACUACCACUCCUUCUGGCAUGAUGACCCGACUGAUCCCGGCAUGCACGAGAGAUACCAGCGCCGCAUCAGUCGCUUCAACAACAUCGAUGCCACAUCGAAGCCAGUUCUCUUCGUGCGAACCGUGCCCACGACACAGGAGCUUAAGGUAGUUCCGGAGCGACUCGGCGACAGAAAGGCUUCAUGCUGGGAGUUCAUAUAUACCGUCAAUAUCAUACGUAAAGAGAGCUUUCAACUCAGAGCACAGUUCAUACCGGGGGACAAUCAUGCUUGCUGUGUUGUCAUGUAG